AUGGCGCAAACCAACCCCAACGCGAUAAACGUCAACGACCCGGGUCUCAUCACACUCGUCAACAAGCUACAAGAUGUCUUCACCACUGUUGGCGUUCAAAAUCCUAUCGAUCUCCCGCAAAUCGCCGUCGUAGGUUCGCAAUCAAGCGGAAAGAGUAGUGUUUUGGAGAACAUAGUCGGACGAGAUUUCCUACCUCGAGGAACUGGUAUCGUGACCCGACGACCCCUCAUCCUCCAACUGAUCAACCGCGCACCCCUACCAAAAACACAAGCGAAUGGCAUUCCGGACAGCGAAACCAAAAUCGAAACCACAGACUCCGCCAGCAAUUUAGAAGAAUGGGGUGAAUUCCUACACAUUCCAGGCCAGAAAUUCUACGACUUCAACAAGAUACGGGAAGAGAUCGUACGGGAGACAGAGAGCAAGACUGGUCGCAAUGCGGGCAUCAGUCCCGCGCCAAUUAAUCUAAGGAUCUACAGUCCGAAUGUUCUCACACUUACGCUCGUGGAUUUGCCUGGUCUGACAAAAGUGCCUGUUGGUGAUCAGCCGAGGGAUAUCGAGAGGCAGAUUAAGGAGAUGGUGUUGAAGCAGAUUAGCAAGCCGAAUGCAAUCAUUCUUGCCGUCACGGCCGCGAACACGGAUCUGGCGAACUCGGACGGGUUGAAGUUGGCACGAGAAGUAGAUCCGGAGGGUCAAAGGACAAUCGGUGUGCUUACGAAAGUGGACUUGAUGGACGAGGGCACAGACGUCGUGGAUAUCCUAGCUGGCCGAAUCAUCCCUCUGCGAUUAGGAUACGUGCCCGUGGUCAACCGAGGACAGCGAGACAUCGAGCAAAAGAAAGCCAUCUCCAGCGCCCUAGAAUCCGAACGCAACUUUUUCGAGAAUCACAAGGCGUAUCGAAACAAGGCCUCGUACUGUGGAACCCCAUACCUGGCACGAAAACUUAACCUCAUCCUCAUGAUGCACAUCAAGCAGACGCUCCCGGAUAUCAAAGCUCGAAUUCAGUCCUCACUGCAGAAGUACAGUCAAGAGCUGGGCAGUCUCGGGGAUAGCAUGCUCGGCAACAGCGCCAAUAUCGUUCUCAACAUCAUCACUGAGUUCAGCAAUGAGUAUCGGACUGUACUGGAAGGCCACAACGCCGAACUCUCUUCCGUCGAACUUUCCGGUGGCGCACGUAUCUCAUUCGUCUACCACGAACUCUACUCCAACGGCGUCAAAGCCGUCGAUCCCUUCGACCAAGUUAAGGAUAUCGAUAUCAGAACCAUCCUCUACAACUCCUCCGGCUCCUCGCCCGCCCUCUUCGUCGGUACCACCGCCUUUGAGGUAAUCGUCAAACAGCAGAUCAGGCGACUCGAAGAACCAUCCUUGAAAUGCGUGAGCUUGGUCUACGACGAACUUGUGCGCAUUCUGGGACAACUCCUCAACAAGCCUUUGUUCCGAAGAUAUCCCGGACUCAAGGAGAAAUUCCACGCGGUGGUGAUUGGCUUCUUCAAGAAAUCGAUGGAUCCGACCAACAAACUCGUCAAGGACCUGGUGAGUAUGGAGUCAUGUUAUGUCAACACCGGACACCCGGACUUCCUGAACGGAUCCCGCGCCAUGGCUAUCGUGAACGAGAGACACAACGCUGCGAAACCCGUGCAGGUUGACCCGAAAACUGGUAAGCCGCUACCCGCCUCAGCUAUGCCGCCGCCACGAUCGAACUCGCCUAGUCUGGAUCUCACGAAUGGCGAGAACUCGGGUUUCUUCGGCAGCUUCUUCGCCAGCAAGAAUAAGAAGAAGAUGGCUGCUAUGGAGGCACCACCGCCUUCGCUCAAAGCUAGUGGGACGUUGUCUGAGAAGGAGAGUCAGGAGGUGGAGGUCAUCAAGUUGCUGAUUACGAGUUAUUAUAAUAUUGUGCGCAGGACGAUGAUUGAUAUGGUGCCUAAGGCUAUCAUGUUCAAUCUUGUUGAACACACGAAGGAAGAAAUGCAGAGGGAGUUGCUGGAGCAGAUGUAUCGACAAGCGGAGUUUGACGAUCUGCUUAAGGAGAGCGAGUAUACUGUUCGGAGAAGGAAGGAAUGUCAGCAGAUGGUGGAGAGUUUGUCCAAGGCUAGUGAGAUUCGUGUUGUUGAGCAGAAGCUUAGGCUACAGAGGGAAGAGAAGGCUGUAUUUGAGCAGAGGCAAACUCCUGGCUCGAGAAAACGCAUCAAAGAUAUCGGGACAGAGAGUUAUAGUCCUGCCGAAAAGGACUUGGAAGAUCAAGAUACGCAACGUGCUAUACCGACUGAGGUAGCAUUACCUGCUAGUGUACCCACGAGUCCUGUGCUGCACAAGACACCGCUACCACCUACGAUCGUUAUACAGAUCGAAGAGGACAUACUACUGGGAAAAGAAGAACAGCUGCCGAAAACACCAGCAGCCUCGCAAGAACCACACCAACGACAACUUGACCCACCCCACCACACCGCCACCAUGACGACCCCCGCCUCCGCCCGCGAGGAGACGCAAGAAGGCUCCAUCUUCUCCAUCUCCGGCCCCGUCAUCGUCGCCAAAGACAUGAUCGGCUGCGCCAUGUACGAGCUCUGCAAAGUCGGCCACGACAACCUCGUCGGCGAAGUCAUCCGCAUCGAAGCCGACAAAGCCACCAUCCAAGUCUACGAGGAAACGGCCGGUGUCACGGUCGGCGACCCGGUCUACCGUACCGGACAGCCGCUCAGUGUCGAGCUCGGACCGGGAUUGAUGGAGACGAUUUAUGAUGGGAUUCAGCGGCCGUUGAAGGGGAUUAGUGACGCGAGUGGGAGUAUUUAUAUCCCUCGCGGUAUUGAUGUGCCCAAGUUGGAUCGGACGAAGAAGUGGGAGUUUACUCCUAGUGAGCAGUUCAAGGAGGGUGAUAACAUUACCGGCGGUGAUGCGUUUGGGUCUGUUUUUGAGAACAGUCUGCUCAAUGAUCACAAGAUCCUGCUGCCACCGCGUGCCAGGGGCACGAUUACGAGGAUGCCAAAGAAGGGGUCGUAUACCGUGGAUACAAAGAUUCUGGAGUUGGAGUUCGAAGGGAAGAAGUCGGAGUACUCUAUGAUGCAUCUGUGGCCUGUGCGUGUGCCGCGACCUGUGACUGAUAAGCUCUCUUCUGCUGAAGCGUUCAUUGUCGGGCAGAGAGUGCUGGAUGCCCUCUAUCCCUGUGUCAUGGGUGGUACGGUCUGUAUUCCUGGUGCUUUCGGAUGCGGAAAGACGGUGAUUUCGCAGUCGGUCAGCAAGUUCUCGAACAGUGAUAUUAUUGUUUACGUGGGCUGUGGCGAGCGUGGUAACGAGAUGGCUGAGGUGUUGAUGGACUUCCCAGAGCUUACGAUCAAUGUCGACGGGCGCCAAGAACCCAUCAUGAAGCGUACCUGCCUCAUCGCCAAUACCUCCAACAUGCCCGUGGCUGCCCGCGAGGCUUCCAUCUAUACCGGGAUCACAGUAGCCGAGUACUUCCGCGACCAAGGCAAAGCCGUCGCCAUGAUGGCGGACUCCACCUCCCGCUGGGCCGAAGCCCUUCGUGAGAUCUCCGGUCGUCUGGGAGAAAUGCCCGCAGAUCAGGGUUUCCCUGCCUACCUAGGAGCCAAACUCGCCUCCUUCUACGAGCGUGCUGGUCGUGUCGUGGCUCUUGGCAGCCCCGACCGCAAAGGGUCCGUCUCCAUCGUCGGCGCUGUCUCGCCACCAGGAGGCGACUUCUCCGACCCUGUCACCAGUAGCACGCUAAACAUCGUGCAAGUCUUCUGGGGUCUUGACAAGAAAUUGGCGCAGCGCAAACAUUUCCCUUCGAUCAAUACCAGCAUGUCCUACUCCAAAUACACCAACGCCCUGGAGCCCACCUACCAAAAGUCCAUGCCCGAGUUCCCUCGUUUCCGUGACCGUAUUCGCGAACUCCUCUCCACAUCCGAGGAUCUCGAGCAAGUGGUCCAGCUAGUCGGCAAAUCCGCCCUUGGCGACUCGGACAAAAUCACCCUCGACGUCGCGACCCUCAUCAAGGAAGACUUCUUGCAGCAGAACGGGUACUCGGACUACGAUCAGUUCUGCCCGCUGUGGAAGACCUUCUGGAUGAUGAGGUGUAUGAUGGGUUUCCACGACGAGUCGCAGAAGGCGAUUGGGCAGGGAGCGAAUUGGUCAAAGGUUAGAGAGUCGACGAGUGAGAUUCAGUCGAGGUUGAGGAGUAUGAAGUUUGAGUUGCCGUCGGAUGGGGAGGAGAAGGUGGGUGGGAUAUAUGAGCAGUUGAUGCAGGAUAUGAGGGAGAAGUUUGCCGGGGUUGUUGAUGAGUAG